AUGGGAUCUAAUACCACAAACCAAACUAUUGAUCAAUACCAAUUGGGUGACUGCAUUGGGAAAGGCGCCUUUGGUUCGGUCUAUCGAGCAUUGAACUGGGAAACAGGCGAAGCUGUAGCAGUCAAACGUGUGAAGUUAAGUAACAUACCAAAAUCCGAAUUGAAUUUUAUUAUGACAGAAAUUGAUUUAUUAAAAAAUCUUGACUUUGGAAAAUUUCCAGAAAACCUUGUUGCUGUAUAUAUAAGUCAAGUUUUAGAUGGUUUACUCUACCUUCAUGAUCAAGGUGUAAUACAUCGGGAUAUUAAGGGUGCAAACAUUUUGACGACAAAAGAAGGUUUAGUCAAGCUUGCCGAUUUUGGUGUUGCCACGAAAACUACGUCCCUAAGCGACUUUACUGUAGUUGGGUCACCUUAUUGGAUGGCUCCAGAAAUAAUUGAAUUAUCUGGUGCUACUACUUCAUCGGAUAUUUGGAGUGUUGGGUGUGUCGUAAUUGAACUUAUGGAAGGAAAACCUCCUUAUCAUCAUUUGGAUCCAAUGCCUGCACUUUUCCGUAUUGUUCAGGAUGAACAUCCUCCCUUGCCUGAAAGUGCUUCACCUGCUGUGAAAGAUUUCCUUUUGCAAUGUUUUCAAAAGGAUGGUAAUCGUCGAGUUUCCGCCCGAAGAUUAUUAAAACAUUCUUGGAUAGCUGGUGUUCGUAAGAGGGCUAAAGAUUCAGUACUUCAACAAAUAAAAACGGAAGAAACGAUAAAGAAAGUUCAAGAAUGGAAUCAGGCUAUAGAGAAUCCAAAAUAUAAAUACAGGAGGAGAAGUGAGUCCAUAAGAUCAGCCGCUUCUUUUCCGUCAAAUUUUAAAGUGGUUCAACAAACCCAAUCACCUAAUUAUAAUAAUCCAAGUUCAUCACCACCGUCAAAAUUACCAAACAUUCCGGUAUCAACUGAGAAUAACAGAGGUGAUAAUUUCAUGGGGUACGUUCCUAAUGUUAUAAACAAUAAUUCCACCACACAGCAAAAUCGAUUAUCGGUUGCAAUUGCAGAACCUGACGAUGAAACCGAUAAUUGGGAUGAUGAUUUCGCAGAAUCUUUAUCUUUAACAAAGAUCACUGCACAUCAAAAUAAGCAAAUUAGCCAAAUUGAUGAUGAUAACACACAAACUAUUAAACCUAGUCAAUUUCAAAUGGUUCAGAAAGUUUCACACCAAGAAAGUAUUCCCAAAACUAACGGCAAAGAAAAUCAUACAAGUGUUAGCAUUAAUGAAAACUCGUCUGAAAGGCGUAGUAAUUGGGAAUAUAUGCAAGAUACCGUCAUAAAGUUAAAUCCAACAGAAAUUAAAUCUACAGCUCCUGAAACAUCGAUUUCAAAAUUUUCAGAUUUAAUAACUUCAAACACGGUAGAAUUUAAUACAGUUAUCGCUCCAAGAAAUAUGUCGUCAAAAAACGCCAAACAUGCACGUUCCACAAGUAACCUUGAGGGUAUUAUUAAAUCUCAAGCAAUACAGGACAAUCUAAAGAACGGAACGAUGAGAUUUUCAGAUUCAACAUCAACACAUGAAUCUUCAUCGGAUAAAUCUUCAGCGAAUGCGGCAAAAAAUAUAAGACGAGUUGCUUCGGCGGAACAAAUAGAUGUAAUGGUAAUCGUUACCCCAACUCCAGAAACGCCGUCAACACAGCAAAAGGAUUUGGUUCCAAAUGAAUUUUAUCAAUAUCAUGACCUUAGUGAUGAUGAUGAUCCGUUUACUCAAAUGGAAAAGGAAUUCGAUGAGGAUGAAAUGGAUAUGGAUGCACGUAUCGCCAGGGAUAAAUACGCACGAGCUUGUUUACGUUUGGAAGAACUUAUAAAUGCUUUGUUGCCCAAUGAGGAUGAAGAUCGUUUAGUCGUUACGUGUGUGCAAUUAAUUGAAUUAUUAACGGAACAUAAAGAACUUAAGAAUCACUUUAUUAUGCUUCAUGGAGUUAUUCCUAUCAUAGAUCUAUUGGAAAUUUGCACUUAUACAAAUGUUCUAUCAAGUUUACUGAAAAUUGUGAAUAUCAUUAUUGAAGACAACAUAAACCUUCAGGAGUCCCUUUGUCUUGUUGGUGGAAUACCUAUUAUCAUGAAUUUCGCUUCUGGAAUACAUACUUAUGACAUUCGGCUCGAAGCAGCUAUUUUUAUAAGGCAAAUAUGUCACACUUCUCCAGUAAUUCUUCAGAUGUUCGUUUCUUGUCGGGGUUUAAAAGUAUUGGUAGAUUUCUUACAAGAGGAUUAUGCUGAACGUAAAGAAUUAAUAUGGAUAGCAGUGAAUGGAAUUUGGAGUGUAUUUGAACUUCAAAGCCCAACUCCUAAGAAUGAUUUUUGCAGAUUAUUAUCAAAAUAUGGAUUACUUGACCCGUUAUCGGUAACCUUACAUAAUGUAAUUGUCGAUCCGGAUUCUUUGGCUUCAGGUUAUAUAGAUAAAAUUGUCAACAUACUCUUAACGUUCUCACAAGCUGAUGCUUAUAUAAAGGAAGUUAUGGCUACUAGCACCCGAGUGGUCUCUCGAAUAUUUGAAGUUUUAGGCAAAUUAUCACCAAAUUUAAUGGUGAAGAUGCUUAAAUGCAUUAAGAAUUUAUCUAUGAAUUCAAAUACAUUGGAAGCCUUACAAAAUGCUGGAGCAAUUCAAGUUCUCACCGGAAUCCUUGACGAUCAAGGUCCACCUUAUGUCACUGAAAUUUCAAACCAAGUUCUCAAUGCAAUGUACAACCUUUGUCGUAUCAAUAAAUCUCGACAAAAAGCAGCGGCAAAUGCGGGAAUUAUCCCUCAUUUGAAAUACUUUGCUUAUAACAAAGUUCCACUUAAACAAUUCGCAUUGCCUAUUCUUUGUGAGAUGGCUCACACUGGAAAGGAUUGUCGCGAAUUAUUGUGGGAGCAUAAUAUUUUACAGCUUUAUUUGGAUUUGAUGUCUGAUCCGUUCUGGCAAGUUAAUGCUAUAGAAUCUAUUCUUAUAUGGUUGCAAGAAGAAACCGAAAAGGUUGAACCAAUAUUACUUCAACCUAAAAAUAUUGAUCUUAUUCUUGAGGCGUUUAUUACUUCAAAGGCAAAUUCAUUUGAAAACAUCCUUGAGCCGUUGCACCUUAUGACUCAAUUGUCUCCAUCUGUGACGUGUGCUUUAGCACAGCAAAAUUUCUUCAAGCGUUUAUUGCGCAGGCUCGAACAUCCUAAAGCUGUUGUUAGAUUAAAUCUUCUGAGAAUUUUAAAAUCAGUAUGUGAUGUACAUCCACAACGAGAAGCUGUUGUGGAACAAUACGGAUUAUAUGAUAUUAUAGAGCGAAUGAGCAAAGAAGACCCAGCCGUAUUAGUUAAAGAAUUGACGGAAGUUCUUUUACAGGGGUAUUUCCGUCCUAAAGAAGACAAUUCACCAAAACUAUUUCCUUCUUCGUUGUCACCUCCCAACAGCAAUGGAGAGGUUAGCGAAGAUUAUAUACAAAUGCUGUACAAAGAUGAAGAACUUGAAAUAUUGGGCUUUUAUUAUGAAGAAGCAUCGGAUAAACGAGAUAAUUAUAAUAACCGGCGAUCAACCUCGCCGUUUCCACCGCAGAUCAAGCUACCCCGAAAACGUUCGGUUUCAUCUCCGUCAUCCCAAAUUCGAUUUUUAUCACCGCCGUUAGUAUCACCGAAUAGACAACGUUCGUUAUCAACUUCGCAUCUAAUCCAGUUAUCACCAGUUAUUCAAAGGCCUUCACGUACUUUAACAACCUCACGUAUCACAUCAUUUCCAGUCAGACGAUCAUCUAACUACAAUCAGUCAAAACCAAUUGCUUCUUCAUCUUCACAGUCGCAGCGAUAUCAUGCAUCUUCUACAACAUCAAUUGAGAUUCUUGCACCUUCUACAACAUCAUUUGAAACCCCUGCAUCUUCUACGACAUCUGUUGAAAUUCCAUCACCUUUAUCAUUAGCUAUCCCCGUCCCCAGCAAAAAAUUGCAAACACUUGCUGAAACAUCGACUUCAUCUACAUCUACUUCACCUAUUUUUACUUCAGUUCCUUCAAAUGGUUCCUUGCCUUUUCCAUAUUACUACAUUCGAAAACGUGAUUCUAUUAGAAAUAUGGAGGCGUUGUCACAUCAUCGUAGUUAUAAUAAACAAUUUUCUCGAAUUAAUCAAACAUUAGAACAUUCAGGUACAAUUUCAAGGAAUUCGAUUGUUAGUAAUUCCGAUUCGUUUGCAAAUUGCUCAUGUCAAGGGUGUGUUUUGGGAAUAUUGAGAAAAAGAGUAAUAGGAGGAAGUGGAAAAGUCAAAAAAGUUAUAAAAACAAUGCAGAAAAAAACUAAAGAUAAGUUAUCAAAAGUACAUAAAUCAGUUAAUAAUGAUGACAUAAUUGUUUAG